UUUGCAAAUUUCUCUCGUUCCGCGGAGAGCGCUGAGCAAGACUAGAAGCAAUAAUUGUCGCGUCAAAGUCGUGCAUAAACAAGCUGAUAAUAAAACAGUGCCUCAAGUGACAGAAGCACGAUCAGUUGUGCGGGAGACAGCUGAGCUAUCGGAACGGUUAAAAGAAACGGCGACGUUUGGCAAAAGCUACGACUAUACAAAUAACUAACAAAGAAGUAUUGAAAUGAGAAAUAGCGUGUUGCUUUUAGUAUUUGGCUUGAUAUUUUGCAUUAAUCAUGCUUUGGCGGGUAAAACCGAAUGUCCGCAUAUUAAAUUGAAACGUCAGUGGGGCGGUAAACCGGCUAAGUCGCUCACCUAUCAAGUGCGUCCAAUACGUUAUGUUAUCAUUCAUCAUACCGUCUCCGAUGAGUGUAGUGAGUUUUUGACAUGUGCAUCGAUUUUGCAGAAUACACAAACCUAUCAUAUGAAUGAUUUGGAUUACGAUGACAUCGGUUAUAACUUUCUCAUCGGCAAUGAUGGUAUUGUUUAUGAAGGCACUGGUUGGGGCGUUCGGGGCGCACACACCUAUGGCUAUAAUAUGAAUGGCACCGGUAUUGCUUUCAUAGGAAAUUAUGCAGAGAAACUCCCAUCGCGCUCUGCCUUAACUGCGGCUAAAAGGCUUCUGGCUUGUGGUGUCAAGGAUGGGGAAUUGGAUCGUAAUUAUAUACUCUUAGCUGCUUCGCAAGUUUUGAGUACUCAGAGUCCCGGCUUGAUUUUAUACAAUGAAAUACAAGACUGGGAUCACUGGUCCUUAGUUCCGUAAUUAUAUUUUAAAACAAAAUUCAAAUAUAAGUUAAUAUUUCAAAAUAUUGUAAAUCGGCAUAUGUGGAUAUUAAAAAAUAAAAAAUGUUAUAGUAUAUAUAAUCAAAUUGGUCAAUUUAAAAUAUAAUAAUCGAAAUGUUUUUCAGUGUUAAAAAUAUAAAGUUUUUUUCGAAACUAAUUUAAUAUAUUUUUAAUUAAAGUAAUAUUUAGUUUCAAAUUGCAUCCAAAAACCAUUUUAUAUUUCCCUGAAUCGUGACAAUUCACUAAAUUAAUUAAUUAAAUUAUUCUAUAUUUAAUUAUAAAAAUUCAUAAAUCGUUUAAUAAUGAGAUUAGGUAAUUUUGGAUUUAAGGAAUAAUAAGGAUAUUGUAAAUUAUAAAAAUAAAAUUGCGUAAAUACUAUCUGA